AGUGUCAAAUUACCGCUCUAUUUAACAACAAAUUUCUGUGAAGUGUCUUGACCACUCCAACCGCAUUAACGUCAAGUGGACUCCCAAGGUCCUUGUCUGUUCCUUGUACGCAGCAACUGAAUGUCUGAUUAGACGCUGUCCACAUUUCUGUUUUGUUUUACGUGCAGAGUAGCUGCUCGUGACUUCAGAGGAGUGAUUAAUGCGAUUUGAAGUGGGCAGUAUGUCGUGACUGAUCUAACGUGCUCUCAAAAACAGCAAAGAUUUCGAACGUUGUAAUAGUGUGUUGUAGCUACAGAAGAAUAUAUUGUGCCGUCGUUUUUGUUUAUAAAUGUUAAAUGCAGCCUUGAAAUGAAAAGAAAAUUUAGAACUUGGCCUGGGUUCCUAGAGUUCUAUCGCCGCGUGUGUGGAUGUUGAAAAAUAACAGGCUGGAACACGGAAAUGCAUUUGAUGUGAAUUACCGCAUCUCGUGACAGCUAAGUGUUUGUGAAAAAUCUUAUAAUAUGUGCAUAAAAUGAGAAUUGUCAUGUACCAUAGUCAACACUGACGGCUGAAUCAUCAAAGAAUCCCCACCCCCACCCCAAUUCCGAGUGGCAAGUGUCUGACCGUGUUUCCGUGAUAGUCAUCUGCAGCCAUGGAUACCGAAGAGAGGACGUCACGGCGCACGAAGCUUGGUCGAAAGCUGUCACGACGUCUGUCCCUGGUCACCAAAGUGCCGAACAUGAUAUCCGUGAGGCUUAGCGGGUCACGCGACUCCUUGCGUCGGGGUCCUCAGCUCAGGAACUUGGAGAUUACUGCAAUAGCGCCGGACAAGACUCAGAGAAUUUUGCCCGCGACGUCCCCUGCAGUGAUUCGAGACCUGGUCGCGCCGAUAAUUCAGGAGUUUGCUGUUACCGACUGUCGUCUGCUACUGGCAGGAUCCUUGGCCAGGGUCGACCCCGACGCUGACGUCAACCUCCUAGAGGGUGACAUUCUGCUUAUAGAAGAUGGCAACAAGCCACAGGACCCCCGUGGAGAGUCCGAUGUUCGGUUCCGACUGACAGAGGCUUUGCUGAAUGAAGAACGUGACUACAGCGCCCUGUUGGGGUCGGCCGGUGAACUCUACGGCGGUCCGCUUAAGAAGCUCUCUAGUCUCAGUGGCGAUGAACAUCAGCUGCUGUUCGGCGGGCUCGCUAAUCUCGCAGGCGUUUCCAAACAUAUGCACAUCCAGAUACAGGAAAUACUCCAUUCUUGGGACCCGGAAAGCUCCACAGUUGGUCACCUGUUCUCAAAAGAGUUCUGGGCGCAAUAUGACGCAUACCAGGACAUGUACCGAAGAGCCAGACAGUUACUGCGAGACAAGACCGCGACAGAUGACGAGUUUGUCGAGCUGUGCAGGUUGCGUCGCGGCGCCGCGCUGGACGGCCUCGGGACGCUGCUGGACCUACCGGUGCAAAGGCUGGCUCAGUAUGAGCAAUACUUCCAGUCCAUCCUCUGCGAGACGCGACAUGACCAUGAGGACAUCUCCAGGGCAAAGGCGAAAGCCAAACAGGCGGUGAAACGCGGACAAGAGGAAAGUGACUUGGAGAGAAUUCAGGAUCUGUUCCCUAAUGACUGUCUGAGACUGUACGACAGGGAUGUCAUAACAAUGAAGAUGAAGGGUCUGAUCCGCAAGCGGUCGACGACGGCCGCCCGUCUGCAGAGGGCGUUGUCGGCCAAGGCCCAGAGACCCGGUGCUGGAGACAGUCCCGGGGACCCGACAAGCCCUCAGAGCCCAGGGAACAGGGAGCAAGGUUUGCCUCGUUCCUUCCAAGACAAGCGGCAGUUCCUGAUGGAAGCCCCAGUCCAGUUCACGACGGGAGUGCAGAGCCAGGAGCGCCACCUGUUUCUCUUCAACGACCUGUUGCUGGUGGCCAAGGCGCGGUCCGGCGGCCACUUCAAGCUCAAGGAGAAGGUUCGCGUUUCUGAGCUGUGGCUCACCCGGGUCGCCAUGCAUGACGUCAUCGAGGUGAACAAGUCACUGGAGACGUCCUUCGUUAUGGGCUGGCCAACUACCAAUGUUGUCGCCACAUUCAGCACUCAAGCAGCGCGCGAUCUGUGGUGGAACAAGCUGAACGAAGUGAUGGACUGUGAACGCGACAAGGAGCCUCGGGCCACGAACAUCCAGCUGCUGUACUACGACAGCGCCACUAGCAUCGAAUACUGCAAGACAUUCAGCGUGGGUCCUGACGAGACAGCUCAAACCUGUAUAAGACUGGCUCUAGAGCAUUUGGAGAUGCGGGGUUUGGACCCGGAUGACUUCCAGCUGUGGGCCAAGACUGCGCGUGAGGAGGCGCCCUAUCCACUCAUCGGCCAUGAGCGACCUUUUGCCAUCAAGCUGAGUUGCCUGCGUGAUGGGCUUAGCACUGAAGAAGGCUUUGACUUGGAUCACUGCAAUAAUGUACAUGGACCGGACCCUCUAGCCAAGUGCCAGUUCAUCCUCAGGAGCAAAAGAAAAACAAGUGAAUGCAGUGCUGACUCAAAGAAGCCAUCAGGCCUGACUAACAGCACUAAGAAGAGUCGAAAGUCACCGAUGAGAAUUCGCCAGGUGUUCAGGCGAAGCACCAGUAAAGGUGACGACUGUACGGACUGUCCCAAUCCUCCGUCUCCAGCAGCUACUGGGGCUCUCUUUGGCAUUCCACUCGGCAGGCUCGGAGACCCGGAUACAAUCCCUCGACCAGUCAUGGGUAUGCUACAGCAGGUAUUCACUAAGGGUCCCUUCACACAAGGCAUCUUCCGAAAAUCGGCGAAUGCACGACUAGUGAGGGAACUGAGAGAACGUCUGGACAGUGGACUGGAGCUGGCGUUCGACCACAUUCCCGUUUUGGCUGUUGCUGCACUGCUCAAGGAGUUUCUUCGUUCUUUGCCGGAUCCUCUGCUUGGUGCUGCCCUCUAUCCACUGUAUAUGGAGGCUCUAGAGUGCAGAGAUGAACAAGAGAAGUUGAUUAGGGUUAAAAGCGUGCUUGAGCAACUGCCUCGAUCCAGCAUAAUACUACUGAGUCACUUUCUCUGCGUUCUGCACCACAUCGCUCGUCGAGCCUCACACAAUCUCAUGUCUGCUACUAACUUGGGUGUCUGUGUUGGGCCAAGUCUCUUGUGGGCUCAUACUCCUACCCCUGCCAGUUCACGGGCUGUCCCCAAUCUCGUGGAGCUCCUUAUAGUCCGCUGUGAGCUCUUGCUUGGUCCGCACGUCCCUCUGCUGCUGGGCGACCUACCAGAGAGGGACCCAACCCGACAGGACUCUGGUGCUGAAGAGUCAGACAGCCUGCACUCAGGCGGACUGAGGCGAGAUGACUCGUCAAUCGAUAGCCUGGAAAGAGAGUUGCUGGAACCUUGUCCACCGCCACGGAAAGAUAAGAUGUCGCUGAGUAGAGAUUCAGGUCUCACAAUGUCUGACUCUCAGUUAUACACUCCAGACGAAGAAGAGAGCGGGUCGACAAGUUCGGGCUCAGGACGAGCCUUGUACCCUCCCACCCAGCAGCCCAGUUGCUAUGACAUUCAUACGCACACCAAGGUCACAUCCUCUUACUCAGUUCCUGCAGCCACCUCCACACCAACUUCUCGAUCAGUGCCAGAACCUCUGCCUGUAAUUGGCAGUGCACCAGCUCGGGAAUACGUGCGUGUGUAUGGUGGGUGGGAAGAACGUGUUCAGGAGUGCUGUAGCCGUUCCCCCUGGUCUGAAGACUCUAUCUGUGCUCGCCAAUUGGGAUCCAACCAGACAGGAAUCAUCAACCCAAACUUCCAGCGUCAGGAUUGGUUCCGUCAACGCUCACACCUCAAGAGGCUCAACAGUGGUGGCAGUGGGGGUGGGGGGAGUGGAAAAUCUAUUUCUCACACCACAUCUGGUUCCAGCAGUGGGAGUGCUUCCUCAGGAGUGGGUGGGUUGCACAGGCAUGCGUAUCGUAGCCCAGGACCUGGCAUGAGGAGGAGUGCAUCAGAUGAAUCUCUGUUAAAUGACACGGUCACUGAACAUAGCACUUAUGACGAACACAAUGUGACAGGAUUGCUCAAAAGACCUGCAUUACACCGCAAGGGACGGGCACCACCCCCACCUCCUCCCAUACCAAAUUCACCCCCUCCAGAGCCACAAGAGACUACUUACUCAUGCUAUCCAGGAACCCCAAUGUUAAGAUCAAAAUCAGCUCAUCUCCUGUGUGAACCUGAAACACCUACACAUGCUUACCUGCCUCACGAGACAUCAAGAACCUCAUUAGAGACAUCUGAUUUGGGCUCAGGACAUCACAAAGCAUUACGAAUUACUCCGGUUCCAGAGGACUGGUCCCGUUCGCGCUCUACACCGCACAUUGCAGCCACCUCCUUGGAUGAUGCUGAUCGAUCUUAUGACUCUAGCACACUCUCAGAUGACGACUCAACACCACAUGUGUCACGUUCUAAUUCGCGUGGGAAAGACUGUGCUGCAGCCAACUCUGCCUGGGAAAGUGCAUAUGGCUCAACUCCAGCACCAGAGCUUCUUGUUCACGCAGCUCCUAUUAACAUCCAUGAAGAGAGCUGUAGUGACACUGAGCAGCAUCCCCCUCCCCCUGUGCUGCCAUCACCUCCUCAUCAACAUGCACCACUCGCAGAUACUUCUGCACCGCCCCUGCCUCCAAAACGCUCAUCAACCGACGUAAAACUUCGCCACCUCCCACCUGUCCAUGUCGAGACUUCUGAAUCCCGCCACAGUACAAGCACUGAAGAGGCAGUCAGAAAAGCUCCAGAACGAAAGGGGAGACUAAGGCACAGGGAUACAGGGGCACGGAUAUCCCAGAGAUCAAAAUCUCUACCCCCACCACCUGGAGAGUGCAGAACUGAAGGAAAUGUAGAAGAUGGAGGUGGAACAUCUGAAGAUAUCCAAAAUCACUUGGCAACAAACUUGAAAGGGGAAAUCUCUUGGAGUGUAUCACAUUUGAGAAGCUUGUUUGCUGACAGCACGCGCCCACCACCCUACCGACCGCCUCCUAGUGUUAUUCCCAGUUAUCGUGCACCAAUCACUUCUUACCAUCUGGGCAGUAGCAGCCAGUCAGAACGUUAUGUAGUUACACGAAGGCUGCUAUUAGACUCGGGACCAAGACUGCAGGGUCUUGACUGCACAGAUGAAGAGGAGUCAUACGUAUGA